GUUGUGAAGGCGUACAGGAAAGCAUCUAGAGCUUUCCAGCUUCCACUGCUUUUCCUUCAAUAUUUACCCUUUUGCGUUUUCGCAAUUAUAAGUUCCCUCAACUCUUCAUUACUCAUCAUCCUCAUAACCUAGUUUAACAGUACAACUUCUCCUACCACAGAUCAACAAUAGCAAAGAUGAGCCGACAUCCUAUGGUAAAGUGGGCUCAGAGGUCUGACAGGUUGUUUAUAACUGUUGAGUUACCGGAUGCUAAUAAUGUGACACAUAAGCUAGAGCCAGAAGGAAAAUUUUUGUUUUCUGCCACAACUGGAGUAGAUAACACGCCUUAUGAAGUUGAAUUCGAUCUUUUUGACAAGGUCGAUGUAAAUGAGAGCAAAAUUAGUGCUACCUCCAGGAACAUUUGUUAUCUUGUAAAGAAGGCUGAGAAUAAAUGGUGGACUAGACUCUUAAAGCAGAGUGGAAAGCCUCCUAUCUUUCUGAAAGUUGAUUGGGACAAAUGGGUGGAUGAAGAUGAGCAAGACGAGAAAGUUGGAUCUGACAUGGAUUUUGGUGACUUUGACUUCUCGAAAUUAAAUAUGGGCGGAGGUGGAGAUUUUGAUGCUGAUAUUGCUGACAGGGAUGAAGGAGAUGAUGACAGUGACACGGAGGAUGAAAUUAAGGAAGAAGGAGCUGCAGCUAGUGGUGAACCACAUACAGCACCUGCUAGCAGUGAAUCAGAAACAAAAGCUUGAAAGGACGGGGAGGAGCAAGAAACUUGAGAGGAUCUGAGCAUGUCGGUCUUGGUUUUUUUAAAAUUUAUUUAGUCAUAUGACAUAUGCUGGGAUACGCCAUCGUUUGACAUGUUUAGCUUGUGUGCUUGUUAUGGUGUUUUGAAUAUAAUGAAUUUAGGCCUUUUAACAUGAAGUAGGCUUGUAUUAAUGUCACUAAUCCACUGUGGUUAUACUGCUUGUUAUACUCUUGAGAUCAUUAUCCACCUUCUUCCUUCUUCUGGCUCA